AGAACACACAGCAAUCUCGGGACAAAGCAUAGACCGAUUCCCUUGUCCUUCACUCCUUCUUUGGCCUAUGGGCUUUGUUGAGAGAGAGACGAGAGAGGAGAGAGGAGAGAGGAGAGCAAAAGGGGAUCUGUAUUUCUCUAUAUAUAUUUUGAAUGACAACCCCUCCAUCUCUCUUGUCUCUCACUAUUCAUUCUGCCAUCCUUAAUCUCUCUUCUAUCUCUGAUCUCUCUUUUCUCCCUGAUCACAUCGUUCUCCAUCUAUUCCUGGAAACUUUAAAGGCUGGAAAAUUAAACGAGAGGGUUUUAAAGUUGUUUGUGGCAAGUGGAAAAGAUGAAGUUCUUUCGCUCAUUGGGGAAUUUAAAAUCCAGCAAAUUGUCACCCCUGUUCUUCCUACCAGGUGCUCAGAAAAGUUCUAGGAUUCAGUGAUAUGGUGUGAUUGCAUUUUAGAGCAUUAACUUUCAGCUGCUUCUUUUAAGGAGACUUGCCAAUCUUUUUCACUUUUUAAAACUAUAUCACAAAUCAUUGUUUUUAUUUUCUAUAAACGUUUGAAAGAUGUCCCAGCUCCAUAUUAAGGACAAUGAGGUCGACAUUGUGAUCGGAGCAUUCCACUCUGAUCUGACCUCGUUUAUGAAUGAAUGGAGGCCUGUUUUCACCCGAUUCCACUUGAUUAUUGUCAAGGAUCCUGAACUCAAGGAGGAUCUUGAAAUUCCAGAUGGCUUUGACCUGGACGUCUACACUCUACAAGACAUAAAUAGAAUUGUUGGUACUUCAAAUUCAAUUAAAUUCUCUGGUUACUCUUGUCGAUACUUUGGCUACCUCGUGUCCAGAAAAAAGUAUGUUAUCUCAGUUGAUGAUGACUGUGUUCCAGCCAAAGAUGAUAAGGGCUUGUUAAUAGAUAUUGUAGAGCAGCACUUAUUGAACCUUUCAACUCCGGCCACUCCUUUCUUCUUCAACACACUGUAUGAUCCAUUUAGGAAAGGAGCAGAUUUUGUGCGUGGUUACCCAUUUAGCUUGAGAAGUGGGGUUGCUUGUAGUCUGUCAUGUGGACUGUGGCUGAAUCUAGCAGAUUAUGAUGCACCAACACAAGCCCUCAAGCCAAGUCUGAGGAACACUCGCAUUGUUGAUGCAGUCCUCACUAUUCCAGUCGGGGCCAUGCUGCCUGUGAGUGGAAUCAACAUUGCAUUUGAUCGAGAGGUGGUCGGACCUGCUUUAUGUCCAGCACUGAGAUUGGCUGGGGAAGGAAAGUUUCGGUGGGAAACCAUGGAGGAUAUAUGGUGUGGGUUAUGUGUUAAGGUAACAUGUGAUCAUCUAAAGCUUGGUGUGAAAAGUGGGCUGCCAUAUGUUUGGAGAAAUGAAAGAGGAAAUGCAAUAGAGAGCCUGAAGAAAGAGUGGGAAGGGGUGAAGCUGAUGGAAGAAGUUGUUCCAUUCUUUCAAACUCUUAGGCUACCAGAAGCAGCAGUUACAGCUGAUGCCUGUUUUCUCGAGAUUGCAAAGGUAGUAAGGGAGCAGCUUGGCCGGUCCAAUCCAAUGUUUGCUCGUGUUGCUGAAGCCAUGGUAGAAUGGGUUGAGAUUUGGAAGAAGGUUGGAUCGGGUCCUUUGCCUGACGACAAUUAGGAGGGAUUCAUGAGUGAGUUUGGUCUCUUUCCCCCUAAUUCAAUUAAUAACAGAAAGCUCCUUCUAUUUCUUGCUGUAACAAUGACUCAGAGAACUAUUGAAAUUCUUAAUGACUAAACGUACUGUUUCACAGUUUUUGUUUAACA